UUUAUGAGUCCUCAUAUUACACUUCUCCUUUAAAUGCGCGAUUUAUCUCUGAUCCGCCUCACGAUCGCAACUGCGUGACAACCCCACACCGUCCGUCAGCUCCGUCAUGUCCGCUGUGUCUCGCCGUCAUGUCAUGAUGGAACUUACCCGCCGUCGCCGUUCAUAAUUGACUACAUACUGAUCUGCAUUGCGCAUUCCUCGGCUUUUCCAUCGUUCCACCGUCGCUCCAGCAUUCUUCGACCAUACUUUGACUGCCUUUUUGAACGACCAUUGCCACCACAUCGUCUCUUUUUUGUUGUUGUUCGACGGGUGGUGCUUGGGUUCGAAGUUCGCAGGUGCAGCCUCUCAAAUAACCUCUCCACCGAAUCCUAUAUCUGCUCUAUUACGUCACACUCAACCACACUCGCAACAACACAAACGCACCGGUGGUCAAAAUGGAAGGGGUGGAAACUGUGGAUGUCAGCUGGCUUCAUCACUCGCAGAAAGACCAUCUAUCCCGCUGCAAAUCGGCCUCAUCCCUGGUCAGCGAUAAGUCGAUACCGGACGGACGAGGAGCGACUCCUCCGCCACAACAAUGUGACGCGGAAAAGAAGCCGCCUCCAGAGAACCAUGCCCCGUCUCCUGCGCCCGUUUCCACAGCAGCACCACCCACUACCAGUGUGGGCUCGCAGAAUGAGAAGGAGGUCAAUAAAGUAAAUGAAAAGGCGGUGGCGGUGGAUGCGAAGCCGACCGGUGCCUCGCCUGCCUCGCAGCAGCAGCAAAAAAGUGCCCCGCGCCCAGUCGGGGGCAGGCGAAACUCGUGGAUCUCCAGCCUGAGCUCGAGAUUUUCCUCGGGCUCGACGCCUCCCUCGCAAUCGAACCUGAAAGCACCGCCAAGCACAAAAGCGACGUCCCCCGUCUCCAAGAUGGAUGCGCACAACCCGUUCGGUGCAGCGUACUCGCCCAAGGAUAAGGAGGAGGAGCGCAAGGACGAGAAUAGCCCUUUCGCCUCCACCUCCCCAAAGGGCCCCUCUUUCUUGUCGAACGCAUUCCGGAAGCUUUCUUCCUCGGCCGGCGGAUCGGGCAAGUUGGCCACCAACGGGACCAUUUGUCCGCGUCGGGUAAUGAACAUCGACCAGGAUCGGGAUAGGUGUAAGGUUGCCGAUCUUAACCAAGCGAAGUUGCGGCGCGUUGCGUUCUGUGUCGACGUGGAGAUUGCGGGGCUCUCGUAUCGAGAGUCGGAUGAGGAAGCCCCCGCGGUCAGUAGCAAGCAUCAGAUCGUCCCGGAAUUGAAUGGCCCAAAAGUCAAGAGAUCGAAUUCGAAAUCGAAGGAUAAAAAGGACAAGAACGAGACUACCCCGGCAAAAUCCGCACAAGCUGCAGUGUCCGUCAAGGAAGGGAAUGCUCCGGAUCAAGCUGUUAAUAAAAAACCCACGGGUUCGACUGACACAGCCGCCACCGAAUCAACGCCCAGCGGGGAGAGCAAAGAACCGACCAGGAAACAGGAGAAGAAGAAGAGAUCAGAGGAGGAGCGCAGGGAGCGGAGAGAAAGGAGGCGGAGACAGGCAGAAGCUAAUGGCACAAUCCCUAUGCAAUUGACAGCGGACGGCGAGGAGUACGGCAUUCGGACACCUGCGUCUAGCACAAGUCUUCCCAGGACACAAAGUCACCCGACUACGGAUCCUGUUCGCAUCUAUCGGCGCUGUUGCCAGUUACGUGAAACGCCUGUGCUGAAGAGGAUAGUGGAUGAGAUAUCCAAGCCGUCUUCUACUCUGGCGGAGUCUCCGGGCACCGUGGCUGUGCUUGACCUGAGCAAUUUCCCAAUGACAGCUGAGGACAUAGCUACGUUCUGCGACUGGCUGGCUGUCGUUCCAGUUCGAAAGCUUAUUCUGGAAGAGUGUGCCUUGACGGAUGAUCCGGUUCGGUCUAUUCUUGCUGCUUUGCUCUCCACACGGACGGUUGAGCAUAUGUGGGGCAAACGCAAAAGAGGCAACAAAUCAGAGGUCCAGUCUGUGGAAAAGGAAGAGAGGUUCAGCGUCAUUGAAAAGUUGUCACUAAAGGGCAACCCCAAAAUUGGUACGGAGGGAUGGCUUCAUAUCUGUCUUUUUGUCCACCUUUCGAAGUCCUUGAAGGCCAUUGAUCUCUCUGGCAUCCCACUUCCCCGGAUACCUAUUCCUAUCACUUCCUCCGGGAAGUUGGCAGUCCAGCCUGGGAACUGUACAACAGCCUCCACCGAGUUGACAGCUGUCUUUGCCAACGCGCUCGCACAACGGUACGGCGGGGACCAUCUUGAGGAACUUCUCCUCAGUGAAUGUAACCCGACAAUCGAGGAUACUCAGCGGAUCUGCGAUGCAGCGACCACUGUAGGUCUGAGGAGACUUGGGUUCGCCAACAACGGGCUCUCACGGGAGAGCUUGGAACAUGUUGCGCGCUACUUGAAGGCUGGAAAAUGCGAGGGUCUUGACUUAGGCGGAAAUCCGAUUCGGGAUCACCUUGACUUGAUCACAUCUGCUGUCUCUGAAGUCCACCCGCUCUAUGCGCUGAGUCUGGCUGAUUGCUCGCUCACGCCCACUGCGGUCUAUCCGUUGCUGCAGGAGCUGGCAUGCUUGCCUGAUCUUCGCUUUGUAGAUUUCUCACACAACCCGGACCUGUUCACCGUCAAGCCCGACGCAUUGCCAACCUUUAGGCGCUUCCUUCCGAAAAUGCCUGCGCUCAAACGGAUUCAUCUCGCUGAUGUGAACCUGUCACCUGAUCAGACUAUCGCGUUAGCCGAGGUUCUGCCGGAGUGCCCGAGCCUCUGCCAUCUCAACAUCCUGGAGAAUCCCCUGAUCACGGCCCUGGCUUCGGCAACUGACCCUGCGACCCAGGAGGAAGCGUGCGCGGUUUAUGCCUCACUGAUGGCAGCGGUGCGCGUGUCCCGCACCAUUAUCGCUGUUGACAUUGAAGUUCCAACUGCGGAGAACAAUGAAGUUGUCAAGGCUCUGGCAUCUCAGAUCGUUGCCUACUCUCUUCAGAACCUUGAACAAGGUGCUAUGGCGGUCGAGCUUUCGGACUCUUUUGAUAUUUCGGCUACACGCUCAACCGUGCAUGUUCCGGAGAUCUUACAGCAUAUCGUUGGCCAUGGUGCCGGAGAAGAAGCCGUUGAAGAGGACGAUGAGCCGGCGCCUGAUGAAGACUACGUGAUCGGUGGUACCGGCGUGGUCAAAGCAUUGGGUGUCUGCCUUGGUAAUCUCGACCGUUCCCUGCCAGGGGACCAAUCUGGCCCUCCCAGUGGCACAGCGACGCCUCGACACCGGAAAUCUCGGUCCUUCGUGACUAGAAAACCUCGGGACAUGUCUAAAAACCUCCUGGAAUCUGCACGCAACAUUCGGACCCGUAUUCAGUCGGCCCUCGUACGUGAAGAUCGGGCUGGCAAUGACAACAAUUACAGGCGUCUCCAGUUCCUGGACUUCACCUUGCAGAGAAUGAUUCAGCGAUUCGAAGACGAAUAUCCUGAGACGCGGAUUGUACCGCAGGCGAUUCCAUACAGUUUCCCCGAAACCAGCUCACAAAACUCCGGCGAAGAUGGAUGGGGAGCGCCCGCUGGCGACGGCACACCGCCCAAUGCCGCGAACGGCGACGGCGAGGCCGCCGCGGACGACGAGGAUGAUCACCAGUACGCAGUCCGCCUCUCCCGGGCGAGCUCGAUCACCUCCCUGCAUUCGCGCGCCAUGACCCACGAGGAAGGCCACGUGCACCGCCUGGGCCAGAAUCUGCGGCGGGAUUUCCUCGGCCCGUCCUUUGACGCGACGGACGAUGACCCGUCGUCUCUAACAUUCGACGAAUCCCAUAUCGCGGCUCUGCGGGACAAGCUCGACCGCCUGCACGUGGAGCAAAUGCGCUCGAACUUUGAGAGUGUGAACGCCGCCAAGACAUUCAAGGAUCUCGGCACCACGGUGGACGAGCUCUGGGCGGCGCAAAAACAGGAUUCCGAGACCUUCGAGAAGUUCCGCCAGAGCCAGAUCGCCGCGCAGUUCAACAGCGGCAAGAAGAGAUCUUCGUCUCCUUUGCCCGGUUCGUUUCAACGGACGAAUCAGGCCCCCGAGCCUGAUCAUUCACCACCCUGUUAAGACAGGGUGUAUUAUGUAACUGGACCCUUAUAUCUCCAACGACUAUUGCCUCGUUGGGGGUGGGUAUUCUCUUGUCUUUAUGUUGGCCAUCUGAGUUUAACCAAUUUCGUCAUGGGAGUCGGGUAGCCAGCCAUUUCUUUGUAAAACUGUGCAUUUUGGGAUUUGGAUCAUGGGAGGGGACUUUAGCACAGCGAUGUAUAUAUUCAAUUUUUCUUAAUUCC